GACUAAUUGGGGAGGGAAGACACAAAGGGAAGCGAAAGGCGCUUGGAGAGACGCGCGGCAAGGAAGAGUUCCCGCUGGGUGAGUGGAGUUUUGCCUCCUUCAGCUCUCCGAGCCUGAUCCCAAAAAGUUUUGCCAGGACUAGGGUCCCCGAAGCAAGUGACAGAUCCCAGCUCGUCCUGGGGAGGAGACAAAAGCGCUCGGGUAUCCGUAAGAGCUGACGGGGAGCAAACCACCAUGCGCCUUGCCGACGCGUCCUUGGCCCGUUGCCUGCUGCUGCCGUUGCUCUUGGGAUCCUGCUGGGCCCAGUUCCACGGAGAGAAGGGCAUUUCUAUCCCCGAUCAUGGCUUCUGCCAGCCUAUCUCCAUUCCGUUGUGCACUGACAUUGCAUACAACCAGACGAUCAUGCCCAAUUUGCUGGGACAUACCAGCCAAGAGGAUGCUGGCUUAGAGGUCCACCAGUUUUACCCUCUGGUGAAGGUCCAGUGCUCCCCGGAACUCAAAUUCUUCCUCUGCUCUAUGUAUGCUCCUGUGUGCACUGUCUUGGAGCAAGCCAUUCCACCUUGCCGGUCCAUUUGUGAGAGGGCACGCCAAGGCUGUGAAGCCCUCAUGAACAAAUUUGGCUUCCAAUGGCCAGAACGACUGCGCUGUGAGAACUUUCCCCGCCAUGGGGCAGAGCAGAUCUGUGUAGGGCAGAAUCAUUCAGAGGAAGGUGGCUCUCCAGCAUUGAUUACAAGUGCCACUCCAAUUGCUGGACAGGGUACUGCUGGGCCACCACGUUAUGCCACUCUGGACCAUCCUUUCCACUGCCCACGAGUCCUUAAAGUGCCCAGCUACCUCAACUACAAGUUUCUUGGAGAGAAAGAUUGUGCAGCACCAUGUGAACCAACCAAGAAUGAUGGACACAUGUUCUUCAAUCAAGAGGAGAUUCACUUUGCACGCAUCUGGAUUCUCAUCUGGUCUGUUCUAUGUUGUGCCUCUACUUUCUUCACUGUCACUACCUAUCUGGUGGACAUGCAGCGCUUUCGCUACCCAGAACGACCCAUCAUCUUCCUCUCUGGCUGUUACACCAUGGUAUCUGUAGCCUAUAUUGCAGGAUUUGUAUUGGAGGAACGGGUGGUGUGCAACGAACGUUUCCAAGAUGAUGGCUAUCGGACAGUGGUACAGGGUACCAAAAAGGAAGGCUGCACCAUACUUUUCAUGAUGCUGUACUUCUUCAGCAUGGCCAGCUCUAUCUGGUGGGUCAUCUUGUCCCUCACUUGGUUUCUUGCAGCUGGCAUGAAGUGGGGACAUGAAGCCAUUGAAGCCAACUCACAAUACUUUCACUUGGCAGCCUGGGCUGUGCCUGCUGUCAAAACGAUCACCAUCUUGGCCAUGGGGCAAAUUGAUGGUGAUCUCCUCAGUGGUGUCUGUUUUGUGGGGCUUAACAACAUAGACCCACUUCGGGGCUUUGUUUUAGCUCCCCUCUUUGUCUACCUCUUCAUAGGCACCUCAUUUCUUUUGGCAGGCUUUGUGUCACUUUUCCGUAUCCGUACCAUCAUGAAGCAUGGAGGCACCAAAACAGAGAAGCUGGAGCGUCUCAUGGUGCGCAUUGGGGUCUUCAGUGUCCUCUAUACAGUACCAGCCACUAUUGUUAUUGCUUGUUACUUUUAUGAACAGGCCUUCCGUGAGCAUUGGGAGCGGAGCUGGAUUAGCCAAAACUGUAAGAGUUUGGCCAUUCCCUGUCCACUUCAAUACACCCCACGCAUGACCCCUGACUUCACUGUCUACAUGAUCAAGUAUCUCAUGACGCUGAUUGUGGGCAUCACUUCAGGUUUCUGGAUCUGGUCUGGGAAAACCCUUCAUUCCUGGAGGAAGUUUUAUACCAGGCUAACUAACAGCAAACACGGGGAGACUACUGUUUGAGAAGAGAAAUGGAGGAAGCAGAUUUCCAACUCCAGAAUUUCAAGAAAAUAUCAGAUCUGCCUGCAUUUCCCUCCUUGAGCUGAUUCUGUUUGUAUGUAUGGGGAGAUGUUCUUUGGAAAACUCCCUGCAAUUUGGGGAGUGGGGCUUCUUUACUACAUAAAGCUGAAAACUCCUCUGACAAUCGGAGAGGAAAAAAGAAAAACAAAGGAGAAAAACCCCAAGUAUUUAAAACUGUCUCAUUUUAAUUAAAACAAGUUCUAAACUUCUUUGCUUUAGGUUUUUAAUUAACUAUUAAAGGGUGUCUUUUUGUAAUUAAAAUUGUAAAUAGCAACUGUAAAUUUAAUUAUAUAUUUCUAUUUAAAAACAAAAGAACAGCAGCAAGGACUUUAUUUUUCAGAAAAAGUAUGGAGGGGUCAUAGAAAAAAAUAAAAUUUCAUCUCCUUUUCUUUGAACUCUUAUUUUUUUCCCCUUUUUUCUUUUCUUUCUUUUCUUUCUGAGCCAGGAGUGUGUGCUGUUUGGGUUGGCCCUUAAUAGGCUAUUUUUGCCUAAGCUUUUCAUGAGAGCCAGGUUUUGUAUCACUCUCAGCACCCAACCCACCUUAAACAUCUUCCAUCAACUCCCUUUUGCAGGCUACGGUUUUUGAUAUAUUUCCAGGAACACUUCUUCCACCUCAUUUUUUCCUUUCCAGGUUGAAAGUUUGGCAAGUAAUGUUCUGUCUAUGAAAAUAUAUUUGGGGUGGGUUUGGGGAAGAUGGCUGAGCCUUCUCGCCUUUGCUGAAAUUUGGGCCUUGGCUGUGCAGAUUUUCUUAUGUUUAUUUCUUUUAGAGAAUUAUGACCUCCAAGAAAGUUUUUCUUGCCUUAAGCCACAGAAUUCUCUUUCUGUUACAUUUGUAUGUUUCUAUUUUUUCCUAGAUGUUUUGUACAAAAGGUAGCUUUUUAAAAUGACAUUUUCUUUAUUAAACAGAUUUGUUCUUUGCAAAUUCAGUUUGAGUAUUUUUCAAACGGCCGGCCGUCUCCAAAACAAUUUCUUUGUGAGCUAUCCAUUUAGCUUCUAAAAAGUAACUAAAAACUGCAAUUGAUAUUUCACAGCGCAAUCAAUAUACAUUUGCUUGAAGAGAAGAAUCUUUAAAAAGAGCUUUAAAAAACAACUACUAUUGGAACCUGCUUGGUGGCAUUUUAGAAAGUUUAAGGGGAAAUUAUUUAUUUCAAUUGAAAGAUACUGUCUUUUGAGAAGCAUAGGAACCUUAUUUUAUCAGUUUUCCCCAAUAUAGGAGGAAAAUUUAACUACAUUUCUGUCUUCUACAAUUUUCUUCUUUUGAGGAUGUAUACUUUUCUCAACUUCUACUACAGCUCUUAAAGAAAGAUGUUUGGGUAACUUCUUUAAAUGUCUCUUACAAGAAAGUAACAAUUUAUUAUUCAAUAAAACAACUGUAAUAGCAAAAAAAACUAUAUAUUCAAUGAAAAAGCAUUAAAUCUAAAUCAAUUUUUUCUAAAUCAAAUGUCUCUGAUUUGGAAUUGAUUUCCGACAACACUAAGGAACAAUCUCAGUCUAAGGUUUCCAUGGAAAUCACUGCAGAUAGAUUAACUUCUUACCAUAUUUUAUAGAAAAAGCAUUAGAAACAAACAUGGUAAAAUUCUACUUUUUUUGAGUCCUUGCAUAUGAUGACUGCACACGUAUGCAUUUUGCAUCAGUUAUGCAAGUUGUGAAAAGAUAUGGCUGCUGUAAUUUUUUUCUUUUUUACUUCCAAAAUGUUGAGAAUUUUGGCAAGCCUGUAUCAUUUUAUUAAAUCUUAACAAUUGGAUCCUGAGCAUUUUUUAAUCAGAAUUAAGAAUUGUUCUCUAAAUUGUCAUGAUAGAAGAAAUGUUUUCUGUUUUAAAAUUUAAUG